AUGAGCAAGUCACAAACACCUUUUGUUGCUGCUCCAACAGUGGUCAAAUCCCCUGCUAAUAUCAAUGACUCGGGCUCCAACCCAAACAUAGAUUCUAACAACUUAUUAAAAGCGCCAUCUCCAUCACCAUUUGAAAAGAAGAAAUAUGAAGAAUCUUCCGAUUUUAUAAAUUUAAGUGAGCCCCCAAAAGCUUUAGAAUCUCCAUCUGCAUCUUCUUAUAAUCUAAGUGGCCGUGGCGCUAAUAACAAUGAUACUGCCUCUCCCACUACACAUCUUUUUAAAAGUACAAAAUUUAACGAUUAUUUGAAUGAUGUGAAAGAGUGGGUUCAUCACCAACAUCGAGUCUCGAGCCCUACCGAUAAUGAUUAUAACAGCGGCGAAGCCAGUUACAAUAAUAAUAGUCAUAAUGAAAAUAGCAGUAACGACAAAAAUCAUCUUAACAGUGAGGGUGCUGAUGAAAGUAACCGCAAUCAUGUGCCAUCUGAUAAGAUAGAAUUUAAACAACAGUAUCAAGAUGAUAAAAAUGUUGAACAAAAAGAGGGGACUACAAAGGAAAAUGGAAGCAAUACCAACCAUCAUAAUAAUGACGGUAACAAUGGUACACCCGCUAGUUCUCAAUUGCCUAGAAGACUUUCCCUAGAUAGAAGAAGGUCUUCAUGUAGCCAGUUUGAAGAUUAUAAAAAAGAGGUGUAUUCCAAGCUUCAUUUGUUUGAAAAAUGA